AUGUCGGGCUCAGAGAUCAACCAGGUUUUGGCCAAUUCGCUGUCGCCUGACGCGAACUUGCGCAACGCUGCCGAGCAGCAACUCACACAAGCCGCCGACAACAACUUUCCCUUAUACCUCGCAACUCUCGUCCAAGAGCUUGCAAACGACAGCGCCGAUGGCUCCAUCCGUGCCGCCGCCGGUCUCGCUCUCAAGAACGCCUUCACCGCCCGUGAUUUCAGCCGCCACCAGGAGCUCCAGGCAAAAUGGCUCCAGCAAACCGAUGACGAGACCAAGACCCGGGUCAAGGACCUGACCCUGCAGACCCUCUCCUCGUCCAACGCACAGGCUGGCCAGGCCGCCGCCCAGGUCAUCUCCUCCAUUGCUUCCAUCGAGCUGCCGAGAGGCCAGUGGCAGGAACUCAUGGGCAUCCUCGUCAAGAACGUCAGCGAGGGUGGCGAGCACCAGAAGCAGGCCUCGCUGACCACCAUCGGUUACAUCUGCGAGAGCCAAGACCCUGAACUGCGCACUGCCUUGAUCGCUCACUCCAACGCCAUCCUCACCGCCGUCGUCCAGGGCGCUCGCAAGGAGGAGACGAGCCUCGAGGUCCGCCUGGCCGCCAUCACCGCCCUCGGCGACUCCCUCGAGUUUGUUGGUAACAACUUCAAGCACGAGGGCGAGCGCAACUACAUCAUGCAGGUUGUCUGCGAGGCCACCCAGGCCGAUGACUCCAGGAUACAGCAGGGCGCCUUUGGAUGCUUGAACCGCAUCAUGGGUCUCUACUACGACAACAUGCGCUUCUACAUGGAGAAGGCCCUGUUCGGCCUGACCAUUCUGGGUAUGAAGUCUGAGGACGAGGACGUUGCCAAGCUCGCUGUCGAGUUCUGGAGCACCGUUUGCGAGGAGGAGAUUGGCAUCGAGGACGACAACGCUCAGGUUGAGAGUGCCGACCAGAUGCGUCCCUUCUACAACUUCGCUCGCGUAGCUGCCAACGAAGUUGUGCCCGUUCUCCUAAUGCUCCUCACCAAGCAGGACGAGGAUGCCGCCGAUGACGAGUACAACCUGGCCCGCGCCGCCUACCAGUGUCUCGCUCUCUACGCCCAGGCCAUUGGUGCCGCCAUCAUCAGCCCCGUCCUCCAGUUCGUCGAGGGCAACCUGCGUGCCGAAGACUGGCACCACCGUGAUGCCGCCGUUUCUGCUUUCGGCGCCAUCAUGGACGGCCCCGAUGAGAAGGUCCUCGACCCCAUCGUCAAGCAGGCUCUUCCUAUCCUUAUCGGCAUGAUGGACGACAGCUCCCUGCAAGUCAAGGACUCGACCGCCUAUGCGCUUGGCCGCAUCACCGAGAGCGUUUCCGACAGCAUUGACCCCAACCAGCACCUGGACCCUCUUAUUCGUUCCCUGUUCAAUGGCCUGAUGAGCAACGCCAAGAUAGCAUCUUCGUGCUGCUGGGCCCUAAUGAACUUGGCCGAGCGCUUCGCAGGCGACAUCAGCGACGCCCAAAACCCUCUGACCCCCCACUUCAACCAGAGCGUCACCAACCUGCUCGCCCUGACGGCCCGCCCCGACUGCGAUUCCUACGUUCGUACCGCCGCCUACGAGGUUCUCAACGUCUUCGUGCAGAACGCUGCCAGCGAGAGCAUGGCGCCCAUCGCUUCCCUGUCUGGUGUUAUUAUCGAGCGUCUCGAGGGCACUGUCCCCAUGCAGAGCCAGGUUGUCAGCGUCGAGGAUAAGAUCAUGCUUGAGGAGAUGCAGACCAGCCUGUGCACAGUCCUCCAGGCCAUCAUCCAAAGACUGGACAAGGAGAUCAUCCCCCAGGGCGACCGGAUCAUGCAGACUCUUCUUCAGAUCCUCAGCACCGUUGGCAACAAGUCCAGCGUGCCGGAUGGAGUCUUCGCCGCCAUCAGCGCCCUCGCCAACGCCAUGGAGGAGGACUUCUCAAAGUACAUGGAGGCCUUCACCCCCUUCCUGUACAACGCCCUCUCCAAUCAGGAGGAGCCCGGUCUGUGUGCCAUGGCCAUUGGUCUCGUCAGCGACCUUACGCGUUCCCUCGGUGAGCGCAGCCAGCCGUACUGCGACAACUUCAUGAACCACCUGCUGCACAACCUCAAGAGCACUGCCCUGAGCAACCAGUUCAAGCCGGCCAUCCUGCAAUGCUUCGGUGAUAUUGCUGGUGCCAUUGGCGGUCACUUCGAGACCUACCUCUCCGUCAUUGCCCAGGUAUUGCAGCAGGCGGCGACGGUCAACGCCGGUCCCGAGGGUCCCUACGAGAUGUACGACUAUGUCAUUUCUCUUCGCGAGGGAAUCAUGGACGCCUGGGGUGGCAUUAUUGGUGCCAUGAAGUCCGGCAACAAGACCCCUGCUCUUCAGCAAUACGUGCCUUCGAUCUUCCAGCUGUUGAACAUGAUCGCCAGCGACAUGAACCGCAGCGAGGCCCUCAUGAGGGCUUCAAUGGGUGUCAUUGGUGAUCUCGCCGAUGCUUACCCUAACGGCGAGCUCGUCGACAUCUUCCGUCAGGAGUGGCUCACCGCUCUCAUCAAGGAGACGAAGACCAACCGCGAGUUCCAGCCCAGAACGAUCGAGACUGCCCGCUGGGCCCGUGAGCAGGUCAAGCGUCAGCUUGGUGGCUCCGCCAACGUCAUGUCGCAGACUUGA